AAAUAGGAUAAGUAUGGAGGGACAAGCGCCAUAAGUGCAGGUGAAACGGAAAGAUUUCCAGUCACGACGGCCGCUGCCACCAAUCCAUAAAAAACACUGAGAAUACAGCACACAGCCACCCAAAGUUAGAAAGAGACCUGUAAACAAUAACAACAACAAUGGCAGUGUCCUAGCACAAAUCCCUGUACCUACUACGUAUGUCUUUCCAAAAAAGAAACAAAGAAAAGGGCGUUGUUGGGCUCUUCUUGUUUUCCUUUUCUUUUAAGUUUUCUUGAUUCUAACGUUAUUUGAAUGACGAAGAAGAGGGUGUUGUUCUGUGGUCAAGGGGGGCUGGACAAUGGAAGCCUUCACGGAAGUGAACAAGGGAAUAAUGGAAUACGUGACAAAGAACAUGAUGAAUUAUCAGGAGACGAUGCCAGCCAUUUUAGCCUUACCGGUGAGAUUCUCCCUUCUCUAGGUGCCACCGCUCGUAGCAACCGCCGGGUCAUUCUCCGUCGCUACAUUCUCUCUCCCUUCGACCCUCGCUACAGAUUAUGGGAUACUUUCUUGGUAUUUCUAGUUUUCUACACGGCAUGGGUGUCUCCGUUUGAGUUUGGUUACCUUAGCAAACCUAGUGGGGGUCUGGCCAUAACAGAUAAUGUUGUCAACGGAUUUUUUGCCAUUGAUAUUGUUUUGACCUUCUUUGUUGCAUACCUUGACAAAAGUUCAUAUCUACUAGUUGAUAACCGGAAAAAGAUUGCUUGGAGGUAUACAAAAUCGUGGUUGGUCCUUGAUGUUAUCUCUACAAUCCCAUCUGAGCUUAUCAGGGAAAUAUUGCCUGAUAAACUUCAGUCAUACGGGUACUUUAGCAUGCUUCGCCUCUGGCGUCUCCGGCGAGUUAGUAAAUUCUUUUCAAGAUUGGAAAAGGAUAGGAACUACAAUUACUUUGUGGUUCGAUGCGUGAAGCUCAUAUGUGUUACUCUAUUUGUAGUUCACAUGGCCGGUUGCUUCUACUAUCGCAUUGCUGUAAAUUACAAGGAUCCAAGUAAAACAUGGAUCGGAUCCGUUUGGGAAGAUUUUCAUGGAGAGAGCCUGUGGAUUCGUUAUGUCAAAUCACUUUACUGGUCUACAACCACGCUCUCUACCACUGGAUAUGGUGAUUUGCAUGCUGUCAAUCCGCAGGAGAUGAUAUUCGUCAUGUUCUACAUGAUGUUUAAUCUUGGACUGACAUCAUAUUUGAUUGGAAACAUGACCAAUUUGGUUGUCCAUGCCACAUUCCGAACAAGGCAAUUUAGAGAUACUAUCCAAGCUGUCUCAAGUUUUGCACAAAGGAACCGCCUUCCGAUUCGGUUACAAGAACAGAUGCUUGCUCAUUUAUGUUUGAAGUACAGAACCGACUCGGAGGGAUUGCAUCAACAAGAGACCAUUGGUUCUCUUCCUAAAGCAAUUCGAUCGAGCAUUUCUAACUAUCUCUUUUAUUCACUUGUGGAUAAAGUGUACUUGUUUCGUGGGGUAUCAAAUGACCUGCUCUUUCAGCUGGUAAUUCUUUUACUUCAUCUUCUUGAUGGAUUAUGGAAGAAAUUUGGAAACUUUUUCCUGUUUUAGAGGUGGA